CCGCCCCGCCUCUCAUCGGAGGGCGCCAGGUGAAUGAAAGGGGGGCGUGUCGAUGCGCGGAGCUCAGUGGCUGCGCUGCUGGAACCCGCUGGAAGAGAUACAGGUUUACUCUGGAGCAGCAGCAGCUGGCGGAGCAAUGGAGAUGCAAUCCUAUUAUGCCAAGCUUUUGGGGGAGCUGAAUGAACAGAGAAAGAGGGACUUUUUCUGUGACUGCAGCAUCAUUGUGGAAGGGCGGAUCUUCAAGGCCCACAGGAACAUUUUGUUUGCUAACAGCGGCUACUUCCGAGCCCUGCUCAUUCACUAUAUCCAGGACAGCGGGCGGCAUAGCACCGCCUCCUUGGACAUUGUCACCUCUGAUGCCUUCUCCAUCAUCUUAGAUUUCCUCUAUUCUGGGAAGUUGGAUUUGUGUGGGGAGAAUGUGAUUGAAGUGAUGUCGGCUGCCAGCUACCUGCAGAUGAAUGACGUGGUGAACUUCUGCAAGACAUACAUUAGGUCAUCCCUCGACAUUUGCCGAAAGAUGGAGAAGGAGGCUGCUGUGGCUGCAGCAGUGGCGGCGGCAGCGGCGGCGGCUGCAGCGGCGGCAGCGGCGGCGGCUCAUCAGGUUGACAGUGAAAGCCCCAGUUCAGGCCGGGAGGGGACCUCCUGUGGUACCAAGAGCUUGGUCUCCUCUCCAGCCGAGGGAGAAAAGAGCGUGGACUGCCUGAGAGAGUCCCCUUGCGGUGACUGCGGAGACUGCCACCCCUUGGAACUGGUGGUGAGAGAGAGCCUUGGCGGUGGCUCGGCUGACAGCGACCUCUCUACUCCACCCAAACGGAUAGAGCCCAAGGUGGAAUUUGAUGCUGAUGAAGUGGAGGUGGACGUUGGUGAACAGCUGCAGCAGUAUGCUGCCCCGCUGAACCUGGCCCACGUGGAGGAGGCCUUGCCAAGCGGCCAGGUGGUUGACUUGGCUUACAGCAACUACCACGUGAAGCAAUUCCUGGAGGCGCUCUUGCGCAACAGCGCUGCCCCGAGCAAGGAUGAUGCAGACCAUCACUUUCCUCGGAGUUUGGAGGGAAGACCAGAAGGUGCAGGAGUAGCCAUGAGUUCCAUGAUGGAUGUCCAGGCUGACUGGUAUGGAGAGGACUCAGGUGAUGUGCUGGUGGUCCCCAUCAAGCUCCACAAGUGUCCUUUCUGCCCUUACACUGCCAAACAGAAGGGCAUCCUCAAGCGGCACAUCCGUUCACACACAGGCGAGCGGCCCUACCCCUGUGAGACCUGCGGCAAGAGGUUCACUCGACAAGAGCACCUGCGGAGCCACGCACUGAGUGUCCACAGAUCCAACCGUCCAAUCAUCUGCAAGGGCUGCAGGAGAACAUUCACAAGUCACCUGUCCCAGGGGCUGCGGCGCUUCGGGCUGUGUGACAGCUGCACCUGCGUUACAGACACACCCGAUGAUGAUGAUGAUUUGAUGCCCAUCAACCUUAGCUUGGUGGAGGCUUCAUCUGAAAGCCAAGAAAAAAGUGACACAGACAAUGACUGGCCAAUCUAUGUGGAGUCGGGUGAGGAAAAUGACCCUGCUGGAGAUGAUUCUGAUGACAAACCACAAAUUCAGCCUAACUUAUCAGACCGAGAGACACUUACGUAGCAAUAAAUUGGUGGGGAAGAGGAGGUUUUAAAACUUGUUAGUGCUCGUUCUGUUGUUGAAAGAUACCAUUUGUCCAAUUUUGUGGAACCCUGAGAGGAACAUUUUUUCACUGUUAUUAUAUGUGCAUUUUUAUUAGGCUAUCUGAUAGAGGUUGGAUUUUGUGACUCAAAGGACAGAUAACCUUUUUGUGUGGUGCCCUUGGUUUCUGAGGGCUUUGCUGGCCACUCCUUAAUUCUGAGUGAGUCAAGGCAGGCCCUGAGGUCUCCUGUUUUUCUUGCUGUGUGUCCAAACUCUGGUUAGGAGAAAGAUAAGAAAAUCUCCAGGCUUGUUUUUAUAUUGAUUCAGUCCUCUGCAUUCCUUUGUUAUCAUCCUCUUUCUCUAAAAACCAUUAAGUUUUGGGAUCAAGUUUACCUUUGCCAAGCCUUUCCUAAUGAAUUCCACAUUAAAUUUUCUGGCAAAGUAUUAAAGAGAAACCUUCAUUGAUAUAAAGCAGGCAGGGCGGUCUGGCUACAUGAUCAUAAAAGGUACUCCCUAAAUCUAGAACAAUUUUAAAGGCUUGGAAUACUUAUGGGCAGACGAACAUGGGAAUGAUCUCAAAGGCUCAUUAUGGCAUCCUGACUUGCCCAGUUGAAUUAAAUUUUAAGUUAGCCCUGAGAAGGGAGGCUAUGACCCCAGGUCUGGAUGGUUUCCCUGCCUGGUUUGGCAUUUGACGAUUCUACACAUACAACCUGUUCUGUUAUCAUAAAACAACUCAUUUGGGCAAAACUCAAAAUGCUCCCCUACUUUUUCCAGCAAUUUCCAAAAGCUGGAGCCGUGUAACUUGGAAAUGUAGCUGCCUCUGGCAUUCUUUUACUUAGUUUAUGCUGAUGCAGGGCAGGUGAGCCCAAAAAUUGGGGCUUAGCCCAGAGGAGUUCUUGGCUUCACCCAGGAAAGAAUUCAAGGGCAAGCCAGUGGUGUUAGACAGCAGCUUGUAUUGAAGCAGCAGUGCCCAACAGCAGCUAAGGGGCUGCUCCUCGUGGAGCAGGGCUACACCAUAGGCAGUGUGCCCAGAGUAGCAGCUCAGAGGCAGGUCGGCACUUAUAUUUAUACCCACUUUUAGUUACAUGCAAAUUAAGGGGCAGAUUAUGCAGCAAUAUUUAGGAAAAUGGUGGUAACUUCCAAGCCGCUGGGUGGUUGCCAUGAUAAGGGGCAGUGACUUCCAGGUGUUGCCAUGGCAAUGGUAAUUGACAUGGCACAGUGAUAAGUGUUUCUUAUGGAAAUCUGCUUCCUGCACCACCCUCCCACCACCGCCCUGUUUUAGCUAGUCCUCAAUUUGGUCCGUGUCCGAGUCCGGCCUUUGGAGUUGAGUCCUGCCUUCUACCUCCUUGCCUAGAACUUUAAUUGGCGGGAAAGUAUAAGCCCAUAAUGCCAAGUAACAUUUCUAAAAUGUUCAUCUUUUAAAAGAUCUUCAUGAGGGAAAGGGAAAGUUAGUAGAAGAACAGGUUUUUAAAAGCAGUCUACCUUUCACCCACUUUCCAGCCACACAAUUAUUGUAACAAAAGAGGCUGAACUCUUUAAAGGGCUAAAGGGCAGGCAGUGUUAGGAAUUCGGAAUGUAAUUGAAGGCAAUUUCCAUAAUUUUGUCUUAUGUUAAAAUAUCCAAAAUGGAUUUUAAAAGAAAUCUUCUUGUCUUCCUUUAAAUGUAGUUGUCUUUCAAAAGGUGGUAAAAGUCACUUUUAUUUCUACCUCUUGAACAACAAAAAAAGUCAAAAACAUUAUAAAUUGGCUUGUAAAUGUUAGCCAAAGCAUUAGACAGGUGUUUAAGUCGUACUUCUCAAUAGUAGUUAAAACUGGAACAGUGCAACUCAAACUCUGGCCCACAGAGAGGCCCUGUUCUGUAAACUGUUUUCUACCAGUCUGCUACAAGGAAAGUCAGAAAUUAAGAAUACGCAUAUAGAAAUGUUGAUAACACUUUGACAUUGCUGUGACUCAUGGCUUUGUCUUCUUGAGUGAGGUAUGGACCAGUUCAGUUCUGGUCAGCUAGAGGGCCACAUGGUGCAGAGGUUGGAUACCAGCCUGUACAGCAGGACCACGUAUUGGUCUGCAGUAGAAUGGAAAAUUUAAAACUUCUCUUAUCACAGGUAGUUCGAUAAAUAUCAUUCUUGGCUGGGUGCGGUGGCUCACGCCUAUAAUCCCAGCACUUUGGGAGGCCAAGGCAGAUGGAACACUUGAGGUCAGGAGUUCGAUACCAGCCUGACCAACAUGGCGAAACCCCGUCUCUAGCAAAAAUACAAAAAUUAGUCAGGAGUGGUGGCAUGUGCCUGUAAUCCCAGCUACUCAGGAGGCUGUGGCGAGAGGAACACUUGAGCCUGGAAAAGGUUGCAGUGAGCUGGAAUCGUGCCACUCCACUCCAGCCUGGGCAACAGUGUGAGACCUUGUCUCAAAAAAAUAAUAAUAAAAGAAAUAAAUAAAAGAAAAAUAUUCUAGAUCAAGAGUUACUCAUUGAAAAUUAUCAGGGACCAGAGAUACUUGUCUUAUCUGAAAUAAAAAUACUAGCUGUGGCCAGGCGCAGUGGCUCACGCCUGUAAUCCCAACACUUUGGGAGGCCAAGGCAGGUGGAUCACCUGAGGUCGGGAGUUCAAGACCAGCCUGGCCAACAUGGAGAAACCCCGUCUCUACUAAAAAUACAAAAUUAGCCAGGCAUGGUGGCGCAUGCCUGUAAUUCCAGCUACUCGGGAGGCUGAGGCAGGAGAAUCGCUUGAACCCAGGAGGCGGAGGUUGUGGUGAGCCAACAUCACACCACUGCACUCCAGCCUGGGCAACAAGAGCGAAACUGUCUCCAAAAAUGUAUACAUAUAUUUGCUGUUAUUUUAAAAGAGGGAUCUCAGCAAAAAGGAAACUUAAAUGGAUGUGUAGAAGAUUUACUUGGCCAGGAACAGUGUUUGAUAUUUUUGCUUUCUCUGUUUAAAUUAUCUCUGAUGUUUUAAUGACUUUUCUACCUCAUAGUUCAGCCUCUUUGCCUGCUUUCUCCGGUGGAGCUAUGAUCCUCUUCAGUGAUUCCAUGACCUCUUCAUAUCCCUGGGUAAAACAUUUUACAUUAGAGAUUUCACUGUAGGACAGUGAUUCUCAGUUGGGGGUGAUUUCGUGCCUUGCAGGUGGCUACUGGCAUCUAGUGGGUAGAGGCCAGGGAAGCUGCCAAACAUCCUGAAAUGCACAGGACAGUCCCCACAACAAUGAAUUCUCCAAUUCAAAAUGUCAGUAAUACCAAUGUUGAGAAACUCUGCUAUAAGAUAAAUAGGAUUUUUUAAAGGAUCUUUAAUGAGUGGACUUAAUUUUGUGUUCUAUUUUAAGCUACCUUUUACCUGCAUAAUAUUUAUUUAUAGUUAAUUUUAUUUUAUGUAUUUAUUUAUUUAUUUUGAGAUGGAGUUUCGUCCUUGUCACCCAGGCUGGAGUGCAAUGGUGUGAUCUCGGCUCACUGCAACCUCCACCUCCCAGGUUCAAGAGAUUCUUCUGUCUCAGCCUCUUGAGUAGUUGGGAUUAUAGGCACGCGCCACCACGCCUGGCUAAUUUUUGUAUUUUUAGUAGAAAUGGGGUUUCACCAUGUUGGCCAGGCUGGUCUUGAACUCCUGACCUCAAGUGAUCCGCCUGCCUCAGCCUCCCAAAGUGCUGGGAUUACAGGCGUGAGCCACCGUGCCUGGCUGACCUUCAUAAUAUUUAGUAGCCCCUUAUACUCUCGCAAAUUUUAGAAAAUAGUGGAUUAGUAAAAUGAAGCGCUGAGGCCAGAUGGUUCAUAGCUUGCCCAAGAUCUGAUUUAGGUUUAUAAUGUGGAAACUUAGAAAAUUCUGGCUCAUUCAUACACCCAGAAUCAUUACUAGGUUCUGAUCAUUUUGUUAAUUUUUAAAGUAGCAGAAUCACUGGGAAGAAAACAGAAUAUGACACCUAAUGUUUAAAUGAUUCUCUUUCUUUCGUAAUAUCUCAGAUUGUUGCAUUUCUGGUGGACUAUUUGGAGUUUGUGUAUAGGCACUGGCAAUAACUGGAUCACUAAGUUCUAUCACUUUUAAAGGAGAUACUUCCUCUGUCUAGACUAUCAGAUCAUAAAUUGGCCCUCUUUUAAAUUUAUAUUCACAUUAGGUGGUCAGUAUUUAUAAUCACAGUGUCUUUGAGGUUUAAUUUGUGGGGUUGGUGAUAUUUUUAUACUAAGUAAAUUUAUAGUUGAGCCCAACACAGACCGUUAGUGGUUUAGUUUCUAUUCUGGCACAUUCCACCCAAGUUCACAAAGGGAUAUUUUUGUCUCAUAUUAGAUGUAUUGCAUGAAUGGGAACAGGACUCUUACUUGUAAUGGAAUUCCAAAAUGGCAUUCUUGGGAAGUUAUUUCUCUUGGGGGAUGAGGACCCCCUUCUCAAAAGUUGAGAAGGAAUGUAAAUAGGGCCUUACCUAUAAUAAUUAAGAAAUGACAUAGUGCAUCAUGAUUCUGAUCAUUUGGCAGAAAGAUGCCAUUCUGAUGUAAAUAUUUUGGUGGCCACCAGACUUUGAAUAUUCCUUAAGGAAGCUGCUGACCUAGUGGUCUGCAACAUGUUAUGGAAUUGAGUAUUCUGGUGGUUUGGAAUACUGAGAUGGGUUUUUUUGUUAUUGUUCAUUGAUGUCGUGACAAACCCCAGGGAGAGAAAGGCAACAGGUAGGGCUGCAUGCACGGAUUCUGGGAGCCGUAGGAAAGAGUGGAGUGGCCUUUGGUUAACUGAACUCAGACUGUUUUAUUUGGAACUCUAGAUUUUUCAUGUGUAUGUCCCUUGUGCAUUAAGAGAAUGAUCUCUGUGAAGUCUAGUGUAAUGGGGUAGGGAGGGGCAAAGGGUUGGGAUGGGUGAGAAGUUCCUAUUAUGCUCUGUUUUGAGCAUUCCCACUGUGCUUCCUGUUGUUGCUGGUCUCUUGUAGCUUGCCUUGUGUUUUGAUGUGAUCACACUAUCUUCUAACCUGAUAAGGGGACACUUUAUUCAGGUGCAUAUAAUGGGCACUGUUUUCAUUGAUUUCUGUUGCUUUUGUAGUUCUCUCCACUCAACAGUACUGUGUUCCACAAACCUUUCAUUGUAGUGCUGGAAAUUUGAAUUCUUUUCUUCAAAUGAUGCUUCUGUAGAGAAAAACGAAAAGUGUUUUGGGGUCAGAGUAGUUUGGUUGGUUUCUAAACAUGUCCUAGUUUUUGUUGUUGUUGUUGUUUUUCUUUUUUUUUUUUGAGACGGAGUCUCGCUCUGUUGCCCAGGCUGGAGUGCAGUGGCACAAUCUCGGCUUACUGCAAGCUCCGCCUCCUGGGUUCAUGCCAUUCUCCUGCCUCAGCCUCCUGAGUAGCUGGGACUACAGGCACCCGCCACCAUGCCCAGCUAAUUUUUUGUAUUUUUAGUAGAGACGGGGUUUCACCGUGAUAGCCAGGAUAGUCUCAAUAUCCUGACCUUGUGAUCCACCCGCCUCGGCCUCCCAAAGUGCUAGGAUUACAGGCGUGAGCCACCGCGCCUGGCCUAAAUAUAUCCUAGUUUUAAAAGGUGACAGUAACUCACACGACUGCAUGAUCGGAUGACAUGGAAACUUCAUAACCAAAGGAGAACAUUUAGCAUCUGUCUUGACCCUCCAGGUAGAUUAUUUUACUACUGCCAAUUCUUCAUUGACAAUUGUGGUUUUAGGGGGGGCAAUUUUUAUAUCCAUCAUUUGAUUUCUGGAUCUUUGUCAGUUAAUCAGUGGAGGUUAGGGCAGGGAUUAUGUGCUUUGAUGAGGAAGGUUUAGUAGUAACAAGCUUGGGGAUUUUGAAGGAAGGCAUCAAUUUCAUAUACAGGUCUUGGUGACAUGUAAUGGAUAUGGAUUAUCUGUCAUGCAUACAGUGAAGGGUAUGGUCAGGAUUUUUUUUGGAAGUAGAAAAACAUACCAAACAGUUUCACAUCUUUUACCAUCCAUAGCCCCUGAGGAGCAUCUACUGCCAUCAGAAAAACAUGCAAAUAGUACUGCAGUGCCCUCCAAGGGUCUUAGGCCCAACUGAAGGUUUAGAAACAUUCAAAUUUAUAAACUGCCACACUUGGCAUCAGAUUCACUUAAAAGGAUAUAGAAUGGGAAGCACUGCUUACUAGCAAGGCAGAACCAGUUGCUCUUCUCUGGAAGUCUCUGCAGCUGUCUGUGUGGCAUAGUGCAGGUGCAAGGAGACAGAUCUACAUGGGGCAAGUAUGGAAGCUUCCCCAGCUUAAGAGCCCCUUGUCCCACAGGAACAAGUAUCUCUUAUAACAGCUUCAUAGACAUGGCCUCCAGUGUCCCUAUAAAAGACAUGCCUGUUCCAAGCGUCACUGUACUUAGGGAAGCCCAGAGCUGAGGCUUCCUAUCAGGCAUUUAUAGUUCUCCCAGUCCAGAUGCAGUUUACCAAUUGGGCAUCAUGUCUACCAUAUGUAACAUUGCCUAGCAGUUGACAUAUGAAUUUUUAUUAGGUUGCCAGGGGAACAGAGCUAGAAAGUUAACAAAGGUAAAAUUCUCAUGCAGAAGGGAAAGAGGCUUUGUUAAUACUUUACCAAACACUAUGCUAAGCAAUUGCAUAACAGAUAUUACACCUAAUUCCUAUAGAAUAUAGCCAGAGGAAUUUCCUAGUAAAAUAUAACCCACCCUAACUCAUUUUUCCUUUCUUGAAUAGUGUUGUUGGUGCUUAGUUGCUUGUGAUUAAUAGACAGUUUGCAAAUUUUGGUAAGGUGUGUGUAAGAGUUGGCUUAACAGUCAAAAUGAUCCUAGCCAAAAUAUCAUGUAUCCUUUGGUGUCACUCAUAAUAGGUGAGUAUAGUAUGUCAUACUGUAGGGACAUUAUUGAAUGGACAUGUCUGAGUAUUCCAUCAGUCAUAUUUUGAUGGGAACCUUUGGCCAUCUGGCAAACACCAAACACAGGCUCUUGGUAACCGUGCCUCUUUUUUUUUAAAAAAGAUGGAGUUUCGCUCUUGUUGCCAGGCUGGAGUGCAGUGGUGCAAUCUCGGCUCACCACAACCUCCGCCUCCUAGAUUGAAGCAAUUCUCCUGUCUCAGCCUCCUGAGUAGCUGGGAUUACAGGCGCCCGCCACCACGCCCGGCUAAUUUUUGUAUUUUUAGUAGAGAUAGGGUUUCACCAUGUUGGUCAGGCUGAUCUCAGCCUGACCUCAGGCAAUCCGCCUCUGCCUCCCAAAGUGCUGGGAUUACAGGCGUGAGUCACUGCGUCCGGCCUGCUCUUGGAAACCGUGCCUCUUAUUCCUGUGUCAUGUGGUGCUACUCUUGCCUGCUUCUGUUGCUCCCAGCAGAUCAAUGAGUGAAGAUGGCUGGUUACUCAUUCAGUAGUUAUCAAACAAUUAUUUAUGGAGUCUUUACUGUAUGUCAAGCACGAAGGGUACUUCAGUGAACCAGCACCAUCCCUGCCCUCAAGGAGCCUGCAGUGUGUAAUCACAGAGACUGGCAGUUAUAACACGGCAUGUUGGGUGUGACAAUAGGGACAAGCACAGGGUACUCUGAGAACGCAUGGGUCGGGUACCUAGCCAGUCAUAGAGCCUCAGAGACGCUUUCUGUCUAAGCUACUCUUCCUAUCCAGUAAACUUCCAGCUUUGGCAUACUAUAUUUAUAAGCAGUUUAAACAGUUGCUGAAAUUUCUUGCCUUUUCUCAAACAUGGUGGCUUUGGUCACUAACAGUGUUUAAAUUACCUGUUUUAUUCAGUUAUGCAAAAAUAUAUACUAUACAUAGAAUAUCAGAAUGUUGUAGUCUUUAGGAAAUAUGCAUCAGGUUUGUUUUUUUUGUUUUUUUGACGGACUCUCACUCUGUCACCAGGCUGGAGUGCAGUGGCGUGAUCUUGGCUCACUGCAACCUCCGUAUCCCAGGUUCAAGUGAUUCCCCUGCCUCAGCCUCCCGAGUAACUGGCACUACAGGCGUGUGCCACCACGCCCAGCUAAUUUUUUGUAUUUUAUUAGAGAUGGCGUGUCGCCAUGUUGACCAGGAUGGUCUUGAUCUCCUGACCUCGUGAUCUGCCUGCCUCAGCCUCCCAAAGUGCUGGGAUUACAGGCGUGAGCCACUGUGCCUGACUGGGUGGUUUUCUUUUUUAAAAAAUAAUAUGGUUUUCUGGCCGGGAGCAGUGGCUCACGCCUGUAAUCCCAGCACUUUGGGAGGUCAACGGGGGUGGAUCACCUGAGGUCAGGAGUUCAAGACCAGCCUGGCCAACAUGGUGAAACUCCAUCUCUACUAAAAAUACAAAACAGGAGAAUCGCUUGAACUCAGGAGGUAGAGGUUGCAGUGAGCUGAGAUAGUGCCACUGCACUCCAGCCUGGGCGACAGAGUGAGACUCCAUCUCAAAAAAAUAAAAAAUAAUAAUAAUAUGGUUUUCUUAUUUAAAAAAUAAUAUAGUAUGUAAAUUAUUUUUCAAGUAAAAAUGAAAUGACAACAACAGAUAACUUCCCAUUAUGUUGAUCCAGUGUACUGUGAUAGAUGGGGAGGAGCCCCACUGCAUCUGGAGUGGGUCUUGGCUGGCCAUGUGAACUAAUUAAUACCCCAGAAAUCAGGAUACAUGCCAGGCAUGGGGGCUUACGCCUGUAAUCCCAGCACUUUGGGAGGCUAAGGCGGGUGGAUCCCUUGAGGUCAGGAGUUUGAGACCAGCCUGACCAACAUGGUGAAACCGCAUCUCUACUAAAAAUAUACAAAAUUAGCCUGUAAUUCCAGCUACUUGGGAGGCUGAGGAAGGAGAAUUGCUUGAGCCCGGGAGGCGGAGGUUGCAGUGAGCUGAGAUCACACCACUGCACUUCAGCCUGGGCAACGAGAGCAAAACUCCAUCUCAAAAAAAAAAAAAAAAAAAAAAAGAAAUCAGGAUACGUAUAGGACAGAACCAUUAAAUCAAGAGAUUUGAAAGUUAGAAGGGACAGGAGAGAUAGUCUAGUCCAACUCCAUGUGACAGAUGAAAUGACGUUUCUAGUUCUCACACAGCUGGUUAAGAUCAGAAACCAGGUCCUGCCAGGCCAGUCCUGAUAAUAGACAGACAUGUUUGGGCAGGCAGAAAAGACCAUUCAUAGAUAACAUUUGUUUCCCUGGGUAUCCAUCAGACCAGAGGCACAGGAGAGGAAAAUGCUGUUUUGGCCUCAUAUGAUAAAGUAUGCAUUGUGUGAUUAUGGUCUGCAUUCUUGCAAUGCUUAGACAGGGAGGGGGAAAUCACAUUUUGAGCAUGGGGGAGUUAAUUUCUUUGUCCUGUAAUACCACACAUAUCUGAAACAUAAACCACCAUGGAACACACUCACACUCACAUACACACAAAAGGCAAAUUAAAAUAUUUAUUGUCCACUUAA